UGAGCCGCGAGCGCUGCACCCGUCCGCAGUACAGCGCUGAGCACCGACGGCAGGAUGCCGGAGCCAGACACCCGCUACGAUGUGGGGCGCUGGGCCAGCGCCAGCCUGCGCACCCCUCCCACCAUGGCCACCCAGCCUCCAGCCCGGCCUGAGCGCCGGCGCCGUGGUGUCUUCAGCAAGGUGUGCGCCUGCUGCCGCUGCUGCGCUGGCCGCAAUGACGACGCUGACUGGGGCCCUGCACCCGGCGAGGUCCCUGGGGAGCGCCGUGCCGAACCCGUGGUGAGAGAGGGCAUGCUGGUGCUGAACACGGUGGAUCUGCAGAGUGCCCGCACAGGGGCCACGCGUCGCGCCCACCACACAAACGAGUACGAGUCGGAUGCACUGAUUGUGCGGCGGGGGCAGCCCUUCACCCUGCGCCUUGGCUUCCGCCAGCCCUACGACCCUGAGGAGCACCGUGUCUGCCUCGAGUUCCUUCUCGGCCCGACGCCACAGGUGGCUAAGGGCACCCACGUGCUGGUGCCAGUGGGCGCUGCAGGGACGCAGGGCUGGCAGGCCGAGGAGGUGGACAGCACGGGCACCACUCUCACAGUGCGGAUCACCUCGGCGCCCACUGCCCCCAUUGGGUGCUACAGGCUGGGCGUGAAGACGCGGAGCCCCGCAGGGGAGUACGCUGCGCCCUUCGACCCCCGCCACCAGGUCUACCUGCUCUUCAACCCCUGGUGCUCCAGGGACUCGGUGUACCUAGACAAUGACAGCUUGCUGGAGGAGUACGUGCUCAACGAGAGUGGGCGCAUCUUCUACGGCACUGACGCCCAGAUCGGCGAGCGCACCUGGAACUAUGGGCAGUUUGACCAGGGGGUGCUGGAUGCCUGCCUGUACAUGCUGGACCGGCGUGGGAUGCCUCAUGCAGGGCGCGGGGACCCCAUCAAUGUCUCCCGCGUCGUGUCCGCCAUGGUGAACUCACUGGAUGACAAUGGGGUGCUGAUUGGCAACUGGACGGGCGACUACUCGCGUGGCACCAACCCGUCGGCCUGGGUGGGCAGUGUGGACAUCCUGCGGCAGUACCACCGCUCUCAACAGCCUGUGCCCUAUGGCCAGUGCUGGGUCUUCGCCGGCGUCACCACCAGUGUACUGCGGUGCCUGGGCAUCGCCACGCGCACAGUGACCAACUACAACUCCGCACACGACACGGACGUCAGCCUCACCCUGGACAUCUACUUCGACGAGAACAUGAAGCCCCUUGAGAAGCUCAACGCUGAUUCAGUCUGGAACUUCCACGUGUGGAACGACUGCUGGAUGAAGCGCCCUGACCUCCCACCUGGCUUUGACGGGUGGCAGGUGGUGGAUGCCACCCCCCAGGAGACCAGCAGCGGGAUUUUCUGCUGUGGGCCCUGCCCCGUGGAAGCCAUCAAGAAUGGGCUGGUCUACCUGAAGUACGACGCCCCCUUCAUCUUUGCCGAGGUGAACAGCGACAAGGUAUACUGGCAGCGCCAGGCCGAUGGCAACUUCAAAAUCGUGUACGUGGAGGAGAAUGCCAUCGGGCGCCUCAUCAGCACCAAGGCCGCGGGCUCGCACCAGCGCCACGACAUCACCCACCUCUACAAGCACCCUGAGGGCUCAGAGGCGGAGCGCAAGGCGGUGGAAACAGCAGCCCGCUAUGGCACCAAGGCACACGUGUAUGCAGGGCGCAGCAGCGGCGAGGACGUGGUGGUGAGCGUGGAGGCCACCGAAGCAGUGACGGGACAGGACAUGCACCUGAGUGUGGCACUGACCAACCGCAGCACUGGGCCCCGCUCCGUCAGCCUCAACCUGCACGUGGCCAUCACCUACUACACUGGUGUCUCCGGGCCCGUCGUCAAACAGGAGCGCCGCCAGGUCGAGCUCCCGCCCAACGGAGCCCAGACAGUGCCCCUGGUGGUGUCGUACGCGGAGUACCAGCCGCACCUGGUGGACCAGUGUGCCAUGAAGCUGAGCGUGUCAGGCAAGGUGGCUGAGACCGGGCAGGUGCUGGCCAAGCAGCACAACUUCCGCCUGCGCACGCCUGACCUCACCCUCACGCUGGUGGGCCCAGCCAUAGUGGGGCAGGAGACCCAUGUCCAGAUCGUCUUCAAGAACCCGCUGCCGCAGACACUGAAGGGGGCUGUCCUCCACAUGGAGGGUGCCGGGCUCUGCAGUCCCAAGACCAUCACCGUGGGGGACAUCGCCGGGUACCAGACGGUGCGGCUGCGCCAAAACUUCGUGCCCCUGCGACCUGGGCGCCGCCAGCUGGCGGCCAGCCUGGACAGCCCCCAGCUCUCCCAGAUCCAUGGCUUCCUCACCGUGGAUGUUGCUGCUGCCCCGGGGACAACCUCCGCGUCCCCUGCCCGCCACCCAGCCACCCGCGAGUCCCCGUCACGCCAGCCCACGCCUGGGGGCUCUCCCGCCCGCCAGCCGGCUGCCCGUGGGUCCCCGUCACGCCAGCCCACGCCUGGGGGCUCUCCCGCCCGUCAGCCAGCCGCCGGCGGGUCCCCGUCACGCCAGCCCACGCCUGGGGGCUCCCCUGCUCGCAGCCGCAGCUCCCCUGCCACCCGCCGGGAGCCAGGCCGGGCCGGACGUCCCGUGUGAGCACCACCCUAGGCCUCCCCAGGCUGAGGGAGGGGGCGGCAGGAAGAUUGGGGUCCCUGGAUUCUAGUGGCUCCUGUCUCCCUGCCCCAGGGGGCCCAGAGUUGGUUGGCCUCGUCGCCACUCUUGUCAUCACUGUGGGGGUUAUUUGCACGUGUCAGGCCAUGUCCCGCCUCCCCUGGGACCAUGUGGUGCAGCACCUGUCUGCCCUGGAGCAUCCCUCCAUCCAUCCCUCCCAUCCCUCCUUUUGUUCCUCCAGCCAGUACUUGACCAUUCAUCCAUCUACUCCCUGUGAACCCAGGCAUCCAUUCCUCCAUCCCCACAGCAUCCAUCCAUCCCCUGUAGCCCCUAUCCAUCCAUCCAUCCCUCCAUCCAUCUUUCCAUUAAUCUAUUCAGCACUUGACCAUUCAUCCAUCCACCUCCCUGUGAACCCAAGCAUCCAUCCAUCCCUGUAGUAUCCAUCCAUUUCCCCCAUCCAUCCCCAUCACCCCAUCCAUCCAUCCAUCCAUACACCUGUUUUGUCGAGUCCCUUCCACCCACAUCUUCCCUUGAGUCUCACCAAUGACCCCCACAUCCCUCCACGUAUCCAGUAUUUGCUCCAGCUGUCUAUCCAUCCCUCCCCUUCCCUUUGAACUGUUCCCCUCCUGUAGUUCCAUCCAUGUCACCCCCGCAUGUUCCUUCCAUCCAUCCGUCUUCUGAAUCCCUCCACUUUCCCAUUCAUCUCUUCUUGAACGAGACUUCCACUCACCCACCCACCAUUGUUUGAACUCCUCUGCCGUGCCACCCAUCCCUCCAUCUACCCACACACCCUUGCACUCUUUCACUUUCCCACCAUUCAUCUCCUCUUGAACCCACCUGUGCCUGUUCAUCCAUCUAUCCAUCUCCAUGGCCCCCAUCCAUUCCUCCAUCCCUAUAGCCUCCAUCUAUCUAUGGUCCCUUCUCAACCUGUCUUCAUCCACCCAUCACACCCAUCUUCUCUGCUUACAUCCACGCCCCUCCCCCCCCUUCCUAUCUCUUGUUCAACAGCCCCUGGGCAUGACUUCUCAGACACUUGAAUCCCCUCCCUUCGGCCAACAAUUUGUCAGUAUUCCCCUCCCCCCCAUUGCAAAUCUGCAGUGAACAGGGGAGGGGACAUUCCCGCAGACCAGGGAGGAUGGGGCCCAGUGUCCUGAUUUUUAUGCCAGGGGCCAAGUGCCAUGUGGCCUAGCUUCCUCCAAGGUUGAUUUUUUUGUUUAUUUUUGGUCGGUGGGGGCUGUGCUGGGGCAAAAAUCAGGGGAUUUGGGGCUAGCUCUGGUCUCCCCCACACUGCACUCCCUGGGCUUGAUGUUUUUCUGCCUUUUUCAGAAAAUGUUUUUAAAGUAAAAACUCACUGAGGUAGAGCUGGAUUUAUCUGUAUUUAAAUAAAGGCACUAACUGAGCACUA